AUGAUGUCUAAGUUACUUGAUGAAUCACCAUCUGACCUUGGUGUAUUAGUUGGAAUUGAAUCAAAAUUAGAUGAGUUGGAGUUAGUCAUAGCAAGUGAUCAUUUGGAAGGAGUUCGAUCUAUAGGAAUAUGGGGAGUAGGAGGCUUAGGCAAAACUACUCUUGCUAGAGCUUUUUAUGUUCGAAAGUGCAAGGAUUUUGAGGUUUGUUGCUUUCUUCAUAAUAUCAGAGAGGUAUAUGAAAAGGGUGGUUUGAUUUCAUUGCAAAGAAAACUUCUUGUUUCUUUGAAUAAAAGAAGUGUGGAAGUGGAUGAUUGUUAUGAAGGAAUGAAGUUGAUAAAAAACAUGUUAGAGGAUAGAAAAGUUCUACUUGUCCUUGAUGACGUAAGCGAUAUAAGCCAGCUUGAACAUUUGGCUCAAAAGCAAGGAUGGUUUGGUGAGGGGAGUAGAAUAAUAAUAACAACAAGAGAUAAGCGUUUGUUAUCAUCAUAUGAUGUAUCGACUCAAUACAAUAUAAAAUUCUUGAGCGAUGGCGAAUCCUUUGAUCUUUUUUGUCAACAUGCUUUUCAAGGAAAAAAUCAACCAUCUGAGAAUUACUUGGAGCUUUCUAAAAGCGUGAUGGAAUAUGCUGGAGGCCUUCCUUUAGCUCUGAAAGUGUUAGGUUCUUUUCUUUGCGGAAGAACUAUAGAGAAAUGGAAGGAUGCACUAGCUAAGUUAAAGAAGGUUCCUCAUGAUAACAUUUUGAAGAUACUUAAGGUUAGUGUCGAUGGAUUAGAUCAAAAGGAGAAGACUAUAUUCUUAGAUAUUUCUUGCUUUUUCAAUGGGAUGGCCAUAGACCGUGUCAAACAAAUUUUAGAAACUUUGGAUGAGGAUCUUCACCCAGAAAUUGGAAUAGAUGUUCUUAUUGAAAAAUCACUAGUAAUUAGCUACGACGGCCGUCUAUGGGCGCAUGAUAUUCUUCAAGAUAUGGGUAAAUAUAUUGUCUUUCAAGAAUCACCUGAUGAUGCUAGAAAACGUUCUAGGAUAUUUUCUUUGCAGGAUGCCAAUGACGUACUAGAAAGAAAUAAGGGGAUGGGAACAAUCCGGGGUAUAGUUCUAACACUAGAAAAUUCAUCAAAUGCAUUUUGGGAUCCUGAAGCCUUCUCAAAGAUGAGUAAUCUCAAGUUACUUGUCAUUUUGAGUCGCUUACGUGUUUCUCAUUGCCUAUUGAAUCUUCCACAAGGACUUAAGUCCCUUUCCAACGGGUUGAAAGUCAUAAAAUGGAAGGGGCUCAAGUCCAUUGAUUUAUCUUAUUCCAAAUACCUCAUCAAAAUCCCAGAUUUUGAUGGAAUUCCCAAUCUUGAAAGAUUGAUUCUCAAAUGGUGUCCUAACGUUGUUGAAAUUCACCAAUCUCUUGGGCAACACAAGAAUCUUGUCAUUGUUAAUUUGAAAGGCUGCACAAAAGUUAAAACCCUUCCAAGAAAAUUUGAGAUGAAUCGCUUAGAAACUUUUGUUCUAUCUGGUUGCUUAAAAGUAAGAAAACUUCCUGAGUUUGGAAAAGACAUGAAUCGUCUAUCUAAGCUUGAUUUAGAGAAUACUGCUAUAGCCAAGCUACCUCCAUCACUGGGCAAUUUGACUGGUCUUGUUGAAUUAAAUUUGAUGAACUGCAAAAAUCUGGUUUGCCUUCCAAAUGACAUUCGUAAAUUGAAAGUUCUAAAGAUUAUCCAUAUUUCUGGUUGCUCGAAAUUUUCAAGGCUGCCAGCGAAUUUGAAUGAAAAUAAGGCGUUGGAAGUGCUUCAUUUGUGUGGAAUUCCCACGAAAGGGCUGUCAAUAUGUGAAUGCAAUGGUCAAGCACAAUCUUUAUCAUCAGGGAGCUCCUUCUCCUUUCUCGGAAAGGCAUUAGGGCUUCAAAGGCCUUCAAGAUCAACAAAUUUUAUGUUGUCCCCUUCUUUAUCAUCCCUGAAGGAAUUACAUUUAAGUUUUUGUGAUCUCCAUGAUGGAUCACUUCCUAAUGACAUCAGCAAGUUAUCAUCAUUGACAACAGUAGAUUUAAGUGGAAACAAUUUCAUUGACUUACCAUCUGGCCUCAUUUCCAAUCUUUCAAAACUUAAAGCUAUUGGUCUCGUGGAUUGCCCAAGGCUUCAAUCUUUGCCACAACUUCCUUCGAAUCUAUCCAUUAUUGUGGCAAGUGGUUGUCCAUCAAUGGAACAUUACGCAUGUUCAGACGAACUCUGGGAGUUCAUUGAAUCAUUUCAAUCUCAGGAGGUUCAAAACCUCAAUGAAGUGUCAUUUGAUAACCUGGAUGAACAAUACAAAAGUGUACCUUUAAGUUUUGUGUCUGCUAUUAUGACGCGGGAUUCACAAAUCCCUGACUUCUUCAUGCAACCUACUCGGGUGUUAGCAAUUCCAGGUAGUGAAGUGCCACCAUGGUUUUCUGAUCAAAACUACAUUUGUGAGGAAGAAUUCAUUCUUCCAAAUGUGUCAUUCACAAUAAGCAUACCUGAUGGUUGUGGUUCAAGUGAAUGGGGCAUAGCCACAUGCUUGGUGUUAGAAAACGAUUUGGCAUAUGGAGUAGGGUGUGAUCCAGUUUUGUGGACCUGCAGAUUUCCUGAUGAUGAAUUUCCAGAUACGUAUUGUCUCUACAAUAUUAGUUUACAAUCAAAUCGUAGUCAUGAACUUUGUAUUAUAUAUAUUCGUUGUUCCUCUUUGGUUGUAAACGGACUUCAAAUGGUAUUUUUUGCUGGGAAUGUAUUUGAUAAUGAGUCCCCAAAGUUUAAAAUAAAGAAGUGUGGAUGGCGUGUGGUGUGUAAAGAAGAUAUUGAAACUUGGCGAAGAACAAGGGACGAAGGCCCUAGCAGCAUCAAUAAUUCCGUUGAGAUCAUUGAUCUAGACAUCAACAAUAUCAUUGAAGAUGAGUCUAUCCCUAAGGCAGAGCCUAGUGCCCCUAACAAAAUCCAUAAGAGUAGAACAAAUGCUUCAAGCGAUGUUGAAAGAUGGCAAAAAUCCAGAGAUGAAGCUGGUUUUGAUUCAGAUAACUUAAACAAUCCCAAUGAAGUUGAGAAUAAAGAAGGCUGUAGCUGUUGGGAGUGGAUCUCAAAUUUUUGGCAUUCCAUUGUUAAGGUUGUGUAUAUGACUUAGGCUGAGUUGGAAGGUUCUAGGGACAUUCAAGAAGCAAGGGUUACAUGCAAGAGCUUAUCCAGUUUUCUCUAUUUUUCCGUCCUUACCUUGCAGUUUUCUUUAAUCUUCCUCCUUGAUACUGCGUUUAUCAUUCACCAAUAUUAUUUUGCCGUGAGUAGCUAAAUUUUUUCACA